ACCUACAUCCGCAUGGCUAACCUUUGUACCCGGAAGCAAAUAUUUAAAACAUUAUGCCCUUUUGGAGGUGAACUUUUCUCUCCCAAAAACGAUCAAAAAUUAUGUCCAAAAACAGGAAAAUAGUGUUUAUAUUUGGAGGGUUUGUAACAGCUGUUGCUGCUGCGUUUUACCCCAUUUUCUUCUACCCGCUCGCCCACAAAAACGAGUACAGAGAAGUCCAGAAGAUGAACCGGGCAGGAAUCGAGCAGGCCGACGUGCAGCCCGUCGGUGUGAAGAUUUGGUCUGACCCAUUCAAGAAGUGAUUCCCAAUGGACGUAUGUGGAGAGUGCUCUGGGAAUGAGUGAGCCAAGGAUUUGAUUCUGUCUUAGUUUUGCCCAUUCAAAGGGACAUACGAUGGAAAAUAGACUUUUUAAUGGGGACAGCACGGUGAAAGAGUAGUUCGCACGUCUGCCUAGCUAUUAUAUUAUUGUAGACUCUGAAUUGUCCAUUGGUGCGAAUGUGAAUGGUUGCCUAUAUGUCCUUGGCGAAAUUGACAUCAUCACCGCCCCGAUGCCAAGUUUCUCAGCCGUGACAUGGCAGCUUUACCGGGCGAAGAUCCAGAGCCACUUUAAAGCCAUUAUGCUGUCUGAAACACAAUUGACUAUUUAUUGUUUGUAUACAAUCUGUCCACCCUUCAAGUGUAAAAUUAAACAACUUUUAAUUGCACCGAGAUAUAUCAUUUGUAUCCACACAUUACAUUUUAAAUCUCUUUUAAGAUUAAAAUGCAGGGAAAGAGCCUCACUUUUUGAAUGCUACGUAAAGAAAACAUUUAACUUUAAAUUGUUUGAAUUAGAUUACAAUGCGUUCAUUAAAAUACUUUCAA